AAUUCUUUGUCGUCCGGUUUCGAGCUGAGGAAGAUGGCGGCUGCUAAUGAAAUAGGGGUUUGCUUUUAACCCGACAAAAAGCGGUGGAUGGGUUGUUUAAAUAACUGAUCAACUCUCUUAUUAACUGUGACUAAUAAAUCCAAGACGGAGGUUCUAGUCGCGGACUGAAGGAUUUCUCCUGGAUCCUUUUCUCCAUCCUCGAGUUGCCUUCAGGCUGACUUCUCCACCAGUUUUUCUGGUCCAUGGACUUGACUCCAACACCAGGCUUCAAACGGAGGCCAGCUGCCUCCUCUUCUCAAGGAGACGUUAGACUGAAAUCCCAGAGCCCUCCUUUGUGCUCACCCACCUUAUCGGUGUCAUCUCCUUCCUCUGCUCCAUCUUCACCACUGUCCACAUCCUCCUCUCACCAUGGCGACCCAACAGCUUACAGGAACCAUGUAAGCCGUCAGAGAGAGGUGGUCAGAAUGUCUGUUGCUACACCUUCAUCCAACUCUGCCUGUCUGGAUUGUUUUACCUCCAGGUCGAUGAAACCAAGUGCUGACUGUGAAGACAAUGGCAGGAAAAGGGAGAUGUACGAUCCUUUCAGUCCAAGUGAUGGAGAUAAGGAGAGAAGGGUAGAGGGGGAGGAGGGGGAAGGGGAGAAAUACGACCCUUUUGACCCCACUGGCUCUCCAGCUUCAGACAUAGAUGACAGGAGCGACAGAGGCAGGGAAGCGGAGGGAAACGAGAAGGUGGAGGAGGAGGAGAAAGAUGACGAAGAACCUCCAGAUUCCACCUUAAUGGACCUGCCAAGCACCCGUCCGGCCACCCAGCUGCCUCUGAGGAGAGCUGAAGGUAGCAGAGGCCAGGCAGAGAAGACCGACUCUGACCAUUCAGAGAUCGAGGAGGGGGAGAUCGUUGGAGCUGCUGGCAGAGAUGCGACCAACAAGAGAGCUGCUGAAGAAGUACUCCCUCCGAGCACCUCCAACGUCUCCUUCUUCGGAUCAAAGCCGGAGCGCAUCCUCCGGGUGCUGGAUGGAGACGGAUUUGUGUCCGUGUGCACUGAGGGAAUCUGGGAGGAUGACCGGGAGCUGGAGGAAGAGCCCCCGGUCGGAGUGGAAGAUCUGAGGAAGAAGCUCGUCAGCAGGAGGAAAAAAAGAUUGUUUUCUGCUCCCCCCCCCCUCUCUCCUCAGCCGUUACCACCUCCCACCUCCCUCCCUCAGGCUUCCCCUCCCCCCUCCCCUCUCACACCUCCUGCAGAACAAACCAGCCAGAACCACAAGUUCUCCAGGAGCUCCAAGGACCGCGAGCAGGAGAAAAGCAAGGAUAGGAAAGCUGGGGAGAAGGAAGUCAGGAGAAAAAAGAAAAGGAAGGGGAAGGAAGGGGAUCAGGAGAGGGGCAAAGACAAGGAGCGAGGACAUAAAGCUGGAAAAGAAGUUAAAGAAAGGAGGAGCAGCAGGAGCAGCAGUCGGAAGAGGAAGAAGAGACGGCACAGCAGCCCGGAGGCGUCCAGAUCCUGUAACUCUUCAAGGAAAGGAGGACACUCCAGGCGCUCCUUUUCAAGCUUAUCGGAAGAAAGACACAGAGAGAAGGAAAGGGACAAAGACAGAGACAGAACCAGAGACCGAGACAAAGACAGGGAUAAAGACAGAGGCCGGGAUAGAGACAGAGACCGGGAUCACAAUAGCAGCAGCAGCCACAGAAGAAGUGAAAAAGUACGAGAUUCCAGCUCCAGGAAGGCCAAACGACGUUCAAGCAGCAGGGAGCGGGGCCCCUCCAAGAGGUCCAAAAGAAGCCGGGAAAAGAGGGAGAACAGCCGAGACCGGCUCCCUGAGAGGGAACGCCGACGGGACGGCCGUCCUGUUGUCCCUCCAUCCAUCCAAGACCUCAACGGAUCCGACCUCUUUGCCAUCAAGCGAACCAUCACGGUCACCACCACCACUACCACCACCACCGUACCCGGCUCCCCGAGACUCACCCCGGCGUCCCCCUGCCGUCCCAUCCAGGGCAUCGAACCCCACAAGAGGAAGAAGAGGAAGUGGCAUUCUGCUGGAGACACGGAGGACCUGGGGAGUCGCAGCCGUUCACGGUCGCUCUCUCCUCCGAGGUAUCACAGCUACGUGUCAGAUCGCUACUCUGACAAGCUGGAGAUCGACAUGUUGUCAUUGGACGGCGAAGCUUUGGACUCUGAUUACCCUUCCUUAGAGGACACGCCUCCCGCUGCUCUGCCUCCAGAACCAGCCAUCCCCAGCCCCAAAGCCAUCACCAAGUCUGGACAAAAUCGCCCAAAAAAGAAGUCUCGCGCACUACAGAAGUUGGAACCUUCUUCCAACAGAACCACCAGAAAAUGCUUGUCCUCUCUGACAGUCACUUCAGGCUCCGCCUCCGUCUCGCCAGGGCUGCCAUCGGUGAAGAGAGCCCGUAAGAUGGGGAAGGACAAAGACCGGGACAAAGGCAGCAGAAAGGAUCUGUGUCGCUCUGGGAAAUCCAAGAAGGAGAGCAGCAGCAGUCGGAAAGGGAAGCUCCAGUCCAAAGUGUCAGUGCUGGUCCGUGAAGGGGUGAGCAGUACCACGGGGGCUUCGGUCGGAGCUGGGAAGCUGAGCAUGGACCUCCUCGGGUCCGGAGGUACAGGAGGGGGCGCUGGGAGCUCAGUGGUGGGCGGCUCCAUUGCUGUAGUGUUCUGUAGAGAUAACGAAAGCAGGUCACCGUUCCUCAAACCGUGUUCGGAGCCACUUUCUCUUGGGGGCCGCAGCAAGGACCUUACCAGUGUGGGAAAACGGAGCAUUCUGGCGGCACCGUCAUCAUCCUUAACCACCACCCCUGGACUGAAACCCAAGAAAACCAAACCCAGCUCCAUCACAUCCACCUCCUCCUCCGCUUCCUCCCCCUCGUCAUCCCUGGCAACCAAGCGCCGCCGUCGUCUUGCCAAGAAGACGAGGGAGAAGGAAGGAGCGACCGGAAUGAUGGCCGGAGAUGGCAGCCAAACCAAAGCUGCGUCUGAGUCCUGGGACAGAGCGUCCUUCGAAGUCCAGUCAGCCAGUGGAGAGGGCAGCAAGUCCGUCAGUCCACAGACUGGACAACCUGGUCCUGUACCCUGCUCCUCAUCCUCGUCCUCAUCCUCCUCUACCAGCGUGCUCCCCCCCUCUUCCUCCCCACCACACACACCUCCACCCUCUAACCCUCCUUGUCGGGACACCAGGGAGUCUUCACCAGACUCUCAGACUGUGGACAGCAGCUGUAAGACACCAGACCCGUCUUUCCUGGCGGAGGACUGUCCAACUGAGACCAGCCCAGCCCCCCUGGCCUCCAGUCCGUCCAGUCCACCCCCCCUCCAGGGACCUAGCCUUAGCCACACUCUGUCUACACCCACUGCCAAGCCCCCCCCUCCAGACGAUGAACUGAAAACUCUGGCUUCGCCUCCAAGCUCGUCUUCAUCAGCAGGCUGUGGUCUCGCUUCCCUGCCUCUGUCUUCAUCUGACCCCUCCUCCUCAUCCUCGGUCUCCUCCUCCUCUGCCAGCAAGCCUCCUCCUCCUCCCCCCCCUCCAGCUGCAUCCACCCUCCCCUGGAGUUUGCAGACUGGGGUGGACUGCACGACCGGAGGAGUUCUAGCAUUGACUGCUCUGCUCUUCAAAAUGGAGGAGGCCAACAUCGCCAGCAGGGCAAAAGCACAGGAGUUCAUUCAGGCGACCAGCCAGAUCCUGUCCCAGGCCAAUCAGAGCCAGUCCCAGCAGCAUGCCCCGCCUUCUGCAGCUCCCUCAUCCUCACAGAUCCCCCCACCUCCUGCUGUGCCCCCACCUCCUGGUUUGAGCCCAGCCCAGUUCAUCCUCCACAAUUCCCUCCCAUUGGUUGGCUGCACUACAACUCCACCCACCCACCUGCACUCCUCCAUGGGGGGUGGGUGUGCUCAGACCCCACCCCCCAUCAUGCCUGUGGGGCUGUCAGGAGUGACUGGGAGCUCUGGUGACACAGGAUGGGAGAAUGAGAGCAAAGACCCAGAUAAGUAUCUGAAGAAGCUGCACACGCAGGAGCGGGCGGUGGAGGAGGUGAAGCUCGCCAUCAAACCUUACUAUCAGCGCAAGGACAUCAACAAGGACGAGUACAAGGACAUCCUCAGGAAAGCCGUGCAUAAGAUCUGCCACAGCCGCACCGGAGAGAUCAACCCAGUGAAAGUCAGCAACCUGGUGAAACUGUACGUGCAGCGCUACAAGUACUUCCGGAAACACGGACGCAAGAUGAACGAAGAGGAGAGGGAUGACCGGGAGUCGGGAGCGCUGCACUCCUCCGCCUGAUGCUGUUUUUAUCCUUCCUGUCUGUCUGCUCCUUCAGUCCUAACUGUAAAUAUAUCUGACAUAUAAACCGGUUUUGUUGCUAUGGCAACAGGCCUCCUCCAGGCAGGAUGGAGUGAUGCUCCUACUUCUUCUGUCUCUGUAUCGUCUGCAUGUUACUGACAUCCAGGAACUUAGAAAACACCCACAAAACAUAAAUGUUUUCCAACCCA